AUGUUAUACACUCACAACGGUAAACAAUACCUACUCAAUCUGAUCGACACUCCGGGUCAUGUCGACUUUUCGUGGGAGGUAUCCCGCUCGAUGGCUGCGUGUCAGGGCGCAUUACUUCUGGUGGAUGCUACUCGUAAGGGAGAACACUGGUAUAUGCAAUCCAGAACGAUCACGCGAGACAAAAUUGCUUCAUGUCAUACUCGCAAGAGGUAUGAUGUGGUUGACAUCGGAAUUAUGCACCCAGAGGAAGAGUCUACGGGAAUACUACAAGCAGGACAGGUCGGAUACAUCACGUGUAACAUGAAAGACUCGAAUGAAGCACACAUAGGGGACACACUACACCACGCAGGCGAACAAGUUGACCCCCUGCCAGGUUUCAGGCCUGCCAAAGCUAUGGUCUUUGCGGGGGUAUAUCCGGUCGACAGCAACGAGUUUCCCAAGCUUGAGGAAAGUGUCAAACGAAAGACGAGUACGGAGCUCAAUCAUCGUUACCGCUCCGACAGUACCAUACCGACUGGUCCUCCGCAACGGCAACGAAAAAAAGUGUCCAACCCGGUCGAUUUCCCAGAUCCAGGAGAAGUAGGAACGAGCAGCGGAAGCACCGUGCGCGAGAUCGAACCCAUAGUGCACGCGACCAUUAUCGUUCCCGAGGACUACAUCGGAAAUAUGCUCGAUCUCUGUUCGGCCCACCGCGCGACAGAUCUUACCCACGCGUACCUCUCCGAUGCGGACUCACGCAUCGUCAUUCGUGCGACGCUGCCGCUCUCCGAAAUCGUCACUGAUUUUCACGAUCGGGUCAAGCACCGUUCGUCGGGGUUUGCGUCGUUUGAUUAUGAGGCUGCGGGGUAUGCUCGUGCGGACGUGGUCAAGGUCGGGUUUGCGUUGAAUGGGAAACCGGUGGACGCGCUUGCGUUGAUUGUGGACAAUGACAAGGCUACGCGCUUAGGGAGAGCGUGGGUUAAAAAGUUGAAGGAGGUCGUACCCAAGCAGUUGUUCGAGAUUGCGAUCCAGGCCACCAUUGGCUCCAAGGUUAUUGCCAGAGAAACCCUCUCUGCGCAGCGAAAGGACGUAACCGCUGGAUUGUACGGAGGUCACUAUGAGCGCAAGAUGAAAGUCCUAAACAAACAAAAAGAAGGCAAGAAAAAGAUGAAAAAGAUUGGCAACGUCGAGCUCCCGCAAGAGGCAUUUUACGACGUAUUGAGCUCCAAGAUUGAGUGA